AUGACCGACAUACGACUGCAUCACAACGAAUCAGUUCCGGCUAUAGAACAAGAUGCCAGCUUUAGCCGUGCGGACUAUUUCUGGGGUGACGACUACUCCCUCAACCACACGGUGUGGAAGCAGACGCGCUCUUUCUGGCGUGGCAAUACAAUCGACGUUCAGGAGUUCGGGAACGCAGCCCGCGCCCGCUAUCUCACCUCGAAAGCGACGAAUCCAACGUUUUAUUUCCCCGAAGUGGAAAACAUCGGUGCAGCAAUGUCAUUCAUGACAAAUGUUCUUGGUGAUCCUGAGGCGGGCAAUGUUCCCACUGCCUUCGUGGAUGAGUGGAUUGGUGAGUCCCGAUUGUUUGCAACUGCAAGUGUUUGCAAGAAGUAA